AUGUUCGGACCCAUUUCAUUUUGGCGAUGGAAAAAUGGUAAACAUGCGGGGCAGAAAGACGAAGUAAGUUUACGAACUUCUCAGCAAAACCCGAAACCCCACCCCCUAAUUAAUUGUGCAUCUUACUAACGAUUUUCAAGAACACAUAUGUUCUUACCAUAGAAAUUUUCAACGGAUAUGGCUCCGACCUGCGCCAAAGUACCGAUGUUGUACCUGCAGUAGCGUUAUUCAAUGCCUCUAGCGAGCAUUCCUGGAUCUCAAAGCGAUUCGCACAGAAGCUUGGAAUAAUACCAACGGAUGGUGAUUUUGUGGAAGGGGAGAGACUUCAACCCGUCAAACUAGCUUGGAGACCAAAAGCUCUUGGGCGGUAUAUUCAGCGGACUGUGUUCAUGAUUGCACCCUUUGCCAAAUUCGAUGUGCUAUUUGCGGAAAUGCAGGAAGAGAACAAAAGAGACUCGGAACCCACUUUUUUUCAGAGGGGCAUUCAAAAAGGGGUUAUGAAGAAGCUCGAGGAGGACAAAGUUAUCCCUCAACUGGAUGCAGAAGCUUCGGAUGAUAUUGGAGCCGCCAGGCCAACAAUUGCUCAACUGGAUGAUCUUUUACUACAAGAUACCGAAGGACACAAAGCUUAUCAUAGAAUUGAUGCCUGCAACACCAGAAUGAAAGACGGACUUCAUGCAUGUUCUAUUGAAAAGGCUUUGGCAGUGAAGGCUGCCGAGCUAGAACUUCUCCCUGCUGAAGCCGUGGGGACGAAUUUGGAAUGCUCUUCGGAGAGCCCAGCGAAGUCUGAUGAGACAGAACUUCUCCCUGCUGAAAUUAUGGGAACUAAUUUGGAAUGCUCUUCAGGUACCCCAGUGAAGCCAGCCAAGCCAGAAUAUCUCCGUGCUGAAGCUUUGCGGACGAAUUCAGAAAACACCUCGGAGAGCUCAGCGAAGCCUGUUGAGACAGAGCUUCUCCCUGCUGAAAUCAUCGACAUAAAUAUGGAAUGCUCUUUAGGUACCCCAGUGAAGCCAGCCAAGUCAGAACGUCUCCGAGCCGAAGCUUUGCGGAUGGAUUCAGAAAAGUCCUCAGAGAGCUCAGCGAAGCCUGCCGAGCCAGAACUUCUCCCUGCGAGAUCCCGGAGGAAGAGUUCGACAAGCUCAUCAAGUAGCUCGUUGAAGACAGUCGAGCCAGUAAUCCUCCCUGCUGAAAUGAUGGGAGCGAACUUGUUAUGUUCUCCAGAUUGUUAG